AUGCAUGACUCUAAAGUUAAAGAAUCAUCAUUAAAUUUCGAUCUGAAAAGAUAUGAAUUUUGUUCAGACUUUAGUAUUUUUAUUAUAAACGAGUCUUUGCAAGAAAAUGAGGAACAAAAUUCAAACAUACCUCCAAAAGAAUACAGGGUUCAUCGAUAUGUUUUAUCUCAACAAUCAGAAUAUUUCAAAACAUUAUUUGGGUCUUCUCGAAAUUUUAUUGAACAUAAAGAAAAUGCUGUUAUGAUUCGAUUAAAAGAUCCUUUCAACGUCUUUCCACAAAUACUCAGAUAUAUGUACACUGGAUAUAUCUCUAUUAAUCACAAAACCCUCAUUUCAAUCCUUUCAAUAUCAGAUCGUUUCGCGAUCGAAAAACUUUCUAUAUACGCUACAACAUAUUUUGAUAAUUUUUAUGAUUAUAAAAGAAAAUUACCUUUAAAUUCAUCUUUUAUUUCUGCUCAAGAAAUAUAUACAUUAUAUUUAGAUGCAAUCGAAAAUGAGUUUGAAGAAGUAAUACCUGAUUGGCUAUUGGCUAUCGCUUUCGAUGAACUUUGGGAAAUAGAUAAUGAUAUUAUGAGCUCUAUAAGAUUGGAUCGUGUACUAAAGCGCGAUUGUGUUAAACUAAAAAAUGAGGAUCAAAAAUUUUCUGUUAUUAGAAAGAUCGUAGGGGAUUUCUGUGGUAAUGAAGAAUAUGAUGAAUCUUUUGAAGAAAAAUGGAAUAAAAUGGCUUUAAAAUUCGCCAUGCCUUUUCCAGAUAUAUUAGAUGAAUCUAGUGAUGAAUUUAAUGAAGAAGGUGUCGCCAAUGUAUCACAACCUGAAGAAAAUACUACUUAUGAAAUAAAUGAUGAGACUGAAAAGCUACCUGAAGAUGAUAAUUCAGUCUCUACAUUACAUUCUCAACGAACGAACGGGUUUAUUGAGAAUGAUGUUAAUGAUGAGGAAAAUUUGGUCUUUACUUUGCACGAUAUAAAAGAUGCUUAUGAACGAUUAGAGCAUAAUAAUAAGUUGUAUGAAUGGUUCAAGCUUGUUGACUAUUCUUCACUUGAUCCAAAAAAUUGGGAAGUUGCUCUAGCGGAUAAUUUAGUACCUAAUAAACUCGUUUUGCAAGGUUUGUUUGAGGUAUUAAAAAAUGAUGAUACCGAAAUGAAUACUCCAAAAUCACCUAUUACUGUCACACCACUCCCACAAUCGUCAAUUUCCAAACCUACUUCAACAUUAGAAUAUACCGACUGCUUACAUUUUACAACAAAGCCAUAUUAUAGCGACAUUAAAAUUUGCAUUAACAAUGAAUCUUAUGAAUUUCACAAAAUUAUUCUGUCAAUACAAUCCGAAUACUUUUGUGACUAUUUUUCUACUCCACAGGGUCAACUCUUAAAAGAAUGGAAUUUUCCUUGGAAAGACCUUCACCCUAAUCUUUCGACCGGUCUUCAUAACAUGAUACAACUUCUUUAUUACACUCACUCAUUUCCUCUCGACUGUAAGAAUGUAAUUCCAAUCUUGUUCGCUUCUUUGGAAACAAAAACUCAAUCGAUAAAAAAUCAUUGCAUGAAAUGGAUUAUUUCUGAAAAUAAACCUUUAUUAGAAUUGGGAUGUGGAAUAUAUGAUCAAUGCUUAGCAGAAUCUCAACAUCAAUCUAUGAUUCGUAAAGAAGUUGUCAACAUAGUUUCUAAAAAUUUUGAUGAUUUCAAGGAUGUUCUAAAUAAUAACCAUAAAAUAACAAAAGAUUUGAUUUUGGACAUUCUAAAUAAUCCUUCAUUAAAUUGUAAUGAAAUGUCAAAAAUUGAUUUAUUUUCUUGCGUAUUGGAUAAAUGGUUUCCUAAUGCUAAAAAAUCUGUGAAUGAUUUAUCAACUAUUGAAGCAAAAGAACGAGGAUUAUUCGAAAUCAGGACUUUGGUUACAAAAUAUAUUAAUUAUAAAAAAUUAAUUGUCUCUGAUUUAGAAUUUCUUUCAAGACAAUGGUGGAUGCCAAAAGAUUUAUUUAAUUCUUGGAUGAUCGAAUUAGCCCGAGAAAAAAAAAAAAGAAAAUAA